AUGCUUAUGGCGUCGGGUCUUCGCUUCAAGAUCUUUGCACGAAAGCUUGUGCUGCUGUUGCUGGCUGCCUGCUCCACGGCUACGCUCUCUUUCUGCAGCUCCUUACUUCGCGAGCCUCUUUGCCGAAUGCGCGCGCCGCUGCGAACAGUGCGACAUGGAGUACCUCCGUCCCAAAGAUCUGGCAUAUCAAAUAUUUGCCAGGCAGCUGGCGCUGCCAUGAUGUUGUUUGCCUGCAUGGUGAUGCCUCGUGGUGCACUAGCUACAUCUGCAUUAGAGACAGACGUUCGGUCUGUCUACUCCGUCGGCGACUUACAUGGUGAUUACAAGAGUACGGUGAAGAUCUUGACAUCACUUGGGCUGAUGGGAAAGGGUGGUGAGUGGACUGGAGGCACAGCGAUUCUGGUUCAGACGGGAGACAUUACCGAUCGUGGGGAUGAAUCUGGCGACAUCUUCCGAGCUCUGUUUCGUUUGCAGGAUGAGGCUCCUGUGCACGGUGGCCGAGUGAUUCUCCUCAUUGGCAACCAUGAGCUCAUGAACUUGGAAAACGAUUUCCGCUAUGCCACGAAGAAGGACACAUUGUCGUUGCUUGCCGACAGCUCCUCCAGGUCUGAGGCCUUCUCGGCAAAAGGUUGGCUUGGAAAGGCCAUACGACAACGCAUGCAAGCCGUGGCAUUGCUUGGUCCAAAGGAUGGGUUAUCGAAGCCAGUGCUUUUUGUCCAUGCUGGACUCCUGCCAGGCUUCAUCGAAAGUGGGGAUGCAGAGAAGCUGAACAGUGCUGUGAAAGGGCUCCUCGAAGGCUCAGAUGCAAGCAAUCUCCGGGAGGAGCCUUCGCCGCUGCUUGGAGAUGAAGGCCCCUUCUGGACCAGGCAGCUCGCGCUUGGUCCAGAGCCUCAGGCCUGUCAGGAGGUCCAGAAGACAUUGGAACUCACAGGAGCAACCAGAAUGAUCGUCGGUCAUACCGCCCAGCCAGAUGGACGAAUACAUGAUCGCUGUGGAGGGAGCUUCGUCCUCGCAGAUUCUUUAAUCUCGCAGUACUACACGGGCACCGCGCAUCCCUCGGCUUUGGAGUUCUAUGCAGACGGCACGGUUUCAGCCAUAUAUCCGAACAGCGGCGAGCGUAUCCCUUUGCGCACACCCUGA